AUGUCCGGUCUCGAAGCCGCCGCCGUCGCAGCCAGCAUCCUCCAAAUCGCCGAAAUAGGCAUCAAACUCUCCAUCAACCUCUACAACUUCUACCACAAGGUCAAAAGCGCAGAUCAGAGCCUCCGGGCUCUUUCAAGCGAUAUCGCCCUGACAUGCAAUGUCCUACAACAAUUAGGAAGUACCCUCAAACAAGACGACGAAGCCAAACUAUGUUCUCCGCAGGCUCUGAGUACCGCCAAAGACGUGCUGGACGAGUGUAAGCGGGUAUUCCAGCAGAUUGACGAUGCGAUCAGAGAGUCGAAUGUGGCUUCGGGGAUGAGUCGGCUAGAGCGCGCUGUUAGGAAAGUUGCGUUUGUGUUGAAGGGUCCGGAAUUGGAUGUGCUUCAUGGGAACUUGGGGAGUCUGAAGGCGACGAUGGUUCUUAUGCUUAAUGUCGUUAUGUAUGCGGGGCAGAUUCGGAGUCGAUCCGAAGCAACCGCUCUGAAAGACCAGCAGGGCCGGAUCAAAGACCUCAUGCUAGAUCAACGCGAGAAUGAGAUCAGGAUCAGAUACCUCGAGAUCGCCCAAGCUCGAAGCGAGAUGGAAGAUGGAACGAUCACAGCGACACGAGCUGAUUCGGUGGUCGAUAAUGCCUCUAUUUUUACUGCUCCGGUUCAUAGUCCAAAAGCCGAGAUGAGAGAGUAUUAUCGCUUGAUCAAGACUAUAUUAUCCGAUAUCGACGCCUGCAAAGUUCAUUUUGAACGACAUCGCUACCGCAGAAUCAGGGAUGGAGUUUGGAUGCUACACAUGGAAGAGAAUGACACUUUCGAUGCUAGUUUGGUUCAAUCGCUUAAGCCAAACUUUCCUGAUCUUAUUCCUGGUGGAAAUCGACAUAUGCCUGAACUGGAUCUUUCGGGGGAGAUUGCUCGCCAAGCUCGUGAAGUAGUAAGAGCCAUGAGUCACGCGGAAAUAUUACCACGCCGACGUCUCAGGAGACCGAAAAUCAAGAUCAAAAAAGAUCAGAAAGAUCCGCUUGGCGCAGAAAUGAAGUCGUUGGUUAUGGAAUGGACGACUUUGGAUAAUGAAGAACUUCGGUAG